AUGGCGACCACCGGCUCUGGCGCUGAUAUCGAGGAGCUGGUGAAGCGCAUCACCUCUCACCGCGGCGUGCGCGGGUUCUUAAUCAUCAACAAUGAAGGCAUCGCCAUCCGCCAUAGCUUCACCGAGGCAUCGCGGGAGCUGGCGGUCCAGUACGCGGCGCUUUUCCAGCCCCUGGCGAUAAGCGCCAAAACGGUGCUGCAGGAGAUCGACAACAACAACGAGCUCCAAGUCGUCCGGCUGCGCACCAAGAAGGACGAAAUCAUUGUGGCACCGGAUAGCAAGUACAUGCUCGUCAUCAUCCAAGACGCAGAGUUGGACAAGGUGGAGGCGAAGAAGUAA